GGAAAAGACACUGCUAUAUUAAUGAGUGUGCUCUAGCUAUAUUAGAUAUAAUGUCAGAGUUUUGCGCGACGCUACGUUAUAUAUUAUGCGUAAUCCCGAGGACAAUACUUUCGUAAAAAUGGAACGCCCCUCGGACUCCAGUGACUUUGCCACUGGCGCUCAUGAUGUAGAUAACGAUAUGUGGGUUAUUGAUGAGUUGAAGAAGCCAGCUACGCUCAUGGAUCGUAUUAGGUUCUUAUUAGCAACGAGAUUCAACACACGUCUCAUGCCCGGACUUCGUUAUGUAUCGCUUAGGGGCGGAAGUAUACCCAGGAGUUUCGUUUGGAAUGGCAUGAAAAACACGAAAUAUAAUGUUUUCACCUUUUUGCCUUAUGUGCUAUAUGAGCAAUUUAAGGUUUUUAUGAAUUUGUUCUAUCUGCUUAUUAGUCUGUCCCAACUUAUUCCUGAUCUUGCAGUGGAAUCUGCCAUUACUUACUUUGGUCCUCUCACACUAGUGCUGUUUGUGGCUCUACUGAAAGAAGGGUGCGAUGAUUACAAACGUUAUUUGCGUGAUCGCGAGGCUAACUCUCAAAAGUACGAAAUAUUGACGGAGGAUGGUAUAAAGGAGAUCAACGCUGAGAGCAUAACUGUUGGCUCAAUAGUAAAGCUCAAGAAGAAUCAAAGAGUGCCUGCAGACAUGAUACUUUUAAGAUCUUCUGAAGCUAAUGGUUGCAGUUUCAUUCGUACAGAUCAACUCGACGGAGAAACUGAUUGGAAGCUGAAGAAAGCUGUCCAUGUUACACAAUCGCUCAAAUCGGCCGAAGAUAUUGUCAAACUCAACGCUGUGUGUUGCUGUGAGCCUCCCAGACAAGAAAUAUACUCAUUUUACGGGAAAAUGACGUUUUACAAGGAUGAAAUAGAACAGAUUGGUAAAAUUACCACUGAUAUUCCAUCUUUGAUUCCCAAUGAUUCCAUGAGGCUGGAUACGUCAACACUAAAAGACUUCGGUACUCAGGCGGAAAUGACUUCAGUUUCUUAUGUCGCACUUGAGACAAAGUCAAAAGCUGAGGGCGAUGCCGAUUGUGAUGUUGAGGAGGCUCCCGGUGGUGUUAUUGUUGAGCCAUUGACAGUGGACAAUGCCUUGUGGAUGAAUACUAUAGUUGCUGCCGGUACGGUCUACGGUCUUGUUAUUUAUAUCGGAAAGGAAGUACGUGCUUCACUUAAUGCGCGUCGUGCAAGAUACAAGAUUGGUUGCUUCGAUUGGGAGGUGAACUUGAUGACGAAGGUUCUGUUUUCUAUCCUUUUGGCAAUGUCUAUCGCAAUGGUAAUACCUGGUGGAUUCGUUGGAAGAUGGUACAUUUGGCUCAUCAAGUUUUUGCUUUUGUUUUCAACUAUUAUUCCCAUAUCGUUACGUAUCAACCUGGAUAUAGCAAAAUUCACGUAUUCUAGGGCUAUGGCUAUGGACAAGGAAAUUCCUGGUACUGUUCCCCGUACCACUUUAAUCCCCGAGGAGCUGGGUCGUAUUGAGUAUUUGUUGAGUGAUAAAACUGGCACUUUGACUCAAAAUGUAAUGAACCUCGAUAGAAUACAUAUUGGUCGCGCCCUAUUCCAGCUAGACGACCUUCCUACAAUACGUCAGCUUGUGAGGAAGUACUUUGACGAUUACUUGCGUACUCUAAAUACUGAUUCCCAAGAGGGUGUAAACACUAAAUUGGCCACAACUUCCGUUGGUACUACCAGAAAAUCUGUGAUCCACUUGCCUUUAACCAAGGUGGGUCAAACUAACGAAAUUGAGACAAAGUUGUCACUUGCUAUUUUAUCGUUGGCUAUAUGCCACUCGGUUACUCCAAUCGCUGACAAGGAUAAAUUGGAUUUCCAAGCUUCAUCGCCGGAUGAAAUCGCAAUGGUAUCAUUUGCUCGCAUGUGUGAUGUUGAGCUUCGUGAGCGAGAUGAGCAUAAAAUGGUUUUGUGUGCGUGUGGCUCUAUAUACCUUACUUUUAAGAUUUUAAUGGUCUUUCCUUUCAGCUCAGAGACGAAGAGAAUGGGUAUCAUUGUGGAAGAAGAAGAUACCAAAGAGAAGUUCUUCUUUUGCAAAGGGGCCGAAUCAGCACUGAUAAAACUUCUUCAGCCUCGUGGGUCAGUAUGGUUAACUGAGGAAUGCGAUAACAUGGCCCGAUUGGGGUUGCGUACCUUGGUAUUCGGUUACCGCCGAAUAUCAGAUACAGAAUUUACUGCCUUCGACCAGCGCUACCGCGAUGCACGUGUCAGUUUGAACGACCGUGAGGAAAAGAUCAAAAAGGUGGUAUCCACUCUAGAGAGGGACUUGAUUCUUGUUGCACUGAGUGGUGUUCAGGAUAACUUGCAGCCUCAUGUGCGUAGCACUUUGGAAGCAUUGCGUGAUGCUGGUAUUAAAAUAUGGAUGCUUACUGGCGACAAGGUGGACACUGCUAAAUGUAUCGCCAUAUCCGCCGGUAUAAAAGAUAAGAGCCAUGCACUAUGUCAAAUAACAUCUGACAACACAAAGGACAAGGAUGACAUACGCCAGAAAUUGGAGAACUUCUCUAUGGGUCCCACUUCCACUAUGUUAGUAGUAGACGGUGCUGUCGUGGCUACUAGUAUCAAGGAGUUCACCAAAUUUUUCAUUAUGGUUGCCACUAUGGCUCCUGCGGUGUUGUGCUGCCGUUGCACGCCAUUUAUCAAGGCUGAACUUGUCCGCCUUAUAAAAGAGCACACUGGUAAGCGCACAUGUGCUAUAGGCGACGGUGAUAACGACGUUCCAAUGAUUACUGAAGCUGAUGUUGGUAUUGGUAUUGUUGGGAAAGAAGGUCUCCAAGCUAGUUUAUCGGCUGACUACUCAAUUCAUCGCUUUCACUACAUUAAGCGGAUCAUUCUAUGGCACGGUCGUAACAGCUACAAGAGCUCUGCUUCCUUGACCCACUUCAUCAUCCACAGGGGUAUGAUUAUCGCAGUUAUGCAAGGACUUUUUUCAGCUAUGUAUUUUUAUAUGCCUUUGGCAUUUUUUCAAGGUUGGCUGCAAAUCGGCUUCUCUACGUACUAUACUAUGUUGCCUUUAUAUAGUUUGGUGUUGGAUUACGAGAUGGAGGAAUCAGUUGUAUUUCUGUUCCCUGAGUUGUACCAAACUCUGCAUACUGGUCGUGUAAUGUCAGUGAAGACCUUUUUGAUCUGGGUUUGGAUUUCGGUCUUCCAGGGGGCUAUCCUGAUGCUGGGUGCAAUCAUCCUAUUCGAGAACUCAAUGCUCAGCCUUGUGUCCGUGGCAUGCACUUCACUGUUUGCCCUGGAGCUUUUGAACAUCUAUACCGAGCUCCACACAUACCACCCAUUGACUAUGGUUAGUAUGCUUUGCACCGCGGUUGUUUAUUUCUACUCUAUCUUGAUAUUGCGCAACUACUUUGAUUUUGCUUUCAUAGCGACCACUGCAUUCGUGUGGCGUGUUAGCGUGAUAACAUUAACUGGGUGGCUGCCUAUUUACAUAUUCAAGUGCGUGCAACAACUUCUUCAGCCAUCGCAGUCGCGUAAACUAACUGUUUAAU